ACGAAACAGAGCAUAGCUCACUUUUACUUAAUUUUCCAUUGGAAGCUUUUUUGGUGCAGUCAGAGAGCUCGUCCUCGAGUUUCAAAAUGAGCCGUAAAAGGAAAGACCCUCCCUCUGCAGAUUUAGAGGGUCCAAUCUCCCAAGGUGUUUCAUGGAAAUCAGACAUGUCUUGGAUGUGGUGGUGGUGGUGGUUGUGGAGUCUGCUACUCUACUACGUCGUCACACUUAAUGGGUUUGUUGUUGGUUGAAGACGGCCAUUAUUAUUAUUAUGACACUCGGAAUUAUCACACAGUCGCAUUGCUCUCUCUCUCGAACACUAGAAAAAAAGGCAAAGAAAAUAGGAAGAACAUAAACAACAUUCAAUCCAGAAACCCAGAAGAGACUCGAUCAAUUUUCAUGGCCACUGAGAAAAGCGAGAGCUUGGAAAUGGAGCUGUUAUCAUGCCCGGUAUGCUAUGAACCGCUAAUUCGAAAAGGCCCAACUGGACUCAACUUGCAAGCAAUAUACAGGUCGGUUUUUGAGUGCAAGAAAUGCCACAAGUCUUAUUCAAGUAAAGAUAUCUACUUGGAUCUUACUGUUACUGCUGGCUUGAAGAAAUACAUUGAAGUCAAACCAGCUGGGACUGAGUUCUUUAGGAGACCAUUUGUUUCCUUCAUUUACGAAAGAGGGUGGCGUCAGUAUUUCGGAGGCGGCUUCCCAGGUCCUGAUGAAGAGUUUAAAAUGGCUCAGGAAUACUUUAAACCUACCAAAGGUGGUGUUCUAGUGGAUGUAAGCUGUGGGAGUGGUAUGUUUGCGAGGAAAUUUGCCAAAUCCGGAACCUAUUCUGGAGUUGUUGCACUUGAUUUUUCCGAAAAUAUGCUCCGGCAGUGCUAUGGUUUCGUGACAAGAGACCCUACUACUCUUUUAGCUGCGAAUCUUGCUCUUGUAAGGGCAGAUGUUUCUAGGCUUCCAUUUGCAUCAGGUUCAGUUGAUGCUGUACAUGCCGGAGCAGCAUUGCACUGCUGGCCCUCUCCUUCCAAUGCUGUUGCUGAAAUCACUCGUAUAUUAAGAAGUGGUGGAAUCUUUGUUGGAACCACUUUUCUGCGGUCUAGUCCUUCCACUCCAUGGAUAUUCAAGCCCUUUAGAGAAAGGAUCCAUCAAACCAAUACCUAUUUGACGGAGGAAGAGCUUGAGGACUUAUGUACAUCGUGCGGUCUCACCAAUUACUCGGUCAAAGUUCAGCAAUCUUUCAUCAUGUUUUCUGCUCAGAAACCAUGAGUUAAAUAACUGGUCUGCUCAGAAACCAGAACUGAAGACUAGGUUUGAGCCAUUUAACUACCAUUUCUCUGUACAUGGAUUCCUCAGAUUUCUUGUUUUGUUAUGUUAUAUUCUUUGUUCAUUUGCCUCGGCUCAAAUGGCAUAGGUGGUGUGGGAUAAUCGGGAGCAGACCGUCUUUCAAGCUCCUUUUUUACAUAAACUCCAUGCUAGGGCUCAAAUCCAUGUUUCCUAAAUGGAUUACCUUGCACAUGUGACUUAGGCUCCCUAAUAGCAUGCUCAUGUGAUUUUAAGCUCCUUUUCUGCCAACCAUGUUCUAAUUCAAUUGUUUUCCAUGUAUAGCAUAUGUCUCUUUCUAAUUUACAUAUAAGGUUUGGCUUAGAUGUAUGAUUAGGAGCUUGAUUAAUUUUUGAAUACGUGGAUGUGCAUAUCUAGAACAGAUUAGGGAGCUUAAAUCACAUGUGAAAGGUUUUGCCAUACCCUAAUUAUCAUGGACACAAAGAGACCAAUGACUCGUAAAAAUCACAUGUGCAAGGUUCUGCCAAACUCUUAGACACAGGGCUCUCAAUUUUCUGAAUUUUCUGUUUUUGUUUCCAACUCAAUAAUCUGGGUUUGAUAGCAUGGUGUCAGGGUCUCCAUGGCUCAUGUUGAUGCACGAUCAUCUAUCCAUCGCAUUGCUUCUUCGAUUGGUUUUGCUGAGUUAGAGUUGAUAUGGGGCUCCACUUUUUAGCAUUUCACCCUCUAAGAAUGAUAAAUUUUCAAAAUAACUUUUGGGCUAAAUUCAAAAAAAUAAAAUAAUAAACAAAUAAAAUUGAAGAAUACUAUGCCUCGUUCUUCUUCUGCUAUACCCAGUUUGUCUAUACUACAUGCUUCUUCUGCUCCACCCAAAAAAAAAAAAAAAAAAUUCUGCAUCAUUUUUUGAGGUUGUCGGAAAGAUGGGUUAAGUUGCCCGGGGACCAUCUACGGGUAAUAGAGCCGGUGGGUGUCCAAAUCAAUUCUAGGUAUUGAAGGUGUCGGCGCAUAAGAUCGCUUUCAAGCAUUGCCAGACGAAGUGGAGGUUGGGUUUGACUUGUCGGAGAUUGAGGAGCACAAUGAUAGUGGAGGUGAGUCGCGGGUGCUUAGAAACCAGUGGUGGGAGUAAACUGAAUUUAGUCUUUAUUCAUUGACUACUGAAAUGUGAUCGAUUAUAAUGAUGUACAUUUUUAUCACUAAAAAUAUGAUCCAUGAUUUUCAUGGUGGAUUAAUGCUUAGAACCUUGGAAGCUAGGCGGGAGAGAACAUCAAUCAGAUUAAUCGAUAGUACAUUUUGUUAGUCGUGGUGUGGUUGUGUGUUGAUUAUUGAAUUCGCCUAGGCAGUACAGGAAAGAGAGAAAGAAAAUUACGGCAUUUAAAAAUUGAAAGUGAAAUACUGUACUUCUAAUUCAGAGCCGCAUGUGAUUCAUUCUUGUCUAUUAUGAUUUUGGCAGGCUAGCUAGGUAAAUGAAAUUGGAGAUCUCAUGAAAUUGUAGUAAAUCCAGCAUGAUUGAUUCGAAAUGUUUGAGUUUUCAGUCUAAUAUGACAGGCUUGGUUAUAUACCAUAAAUAUUGAUUAUAAGACUAGGUUUGAGCCAUUUAACCAUCAUUUCUCUGUACAUAGAUUCAUUAGAUUUCUUGUUUUAUUAUGUAACAAAGAACCGUCUUAAUUUGUUCAUUUGCCUUUGGCUCAAAUGGCAUAGGUGACGUGGGAUAAACAUGCCUUUUCACAUGGAAAAGGUUGUUACAGAGUUUCACAUGGAUAAAAAUCUGUCUACAAAGUGGAAAAGGUUGGAAGCAUGAGGACGGUGUCGGUCGUUCUUAUCCGAAUUUAUUAAUAGUUAAGAAAAAAAAGAUACAUAGCAAGGAGGG